UUCCGGUGUGGAGCGGAAGUGGGUUCUCUGUGGCCAUGGGGCUGCUCUCGGACCCGUACCGGCGGCGGGCCCUCUCCCGCCUCGUCCUCCGCCUCAACGCCCCGCUCUGCAUCGUGAGCUUCCUGCUGGGCCUGGGCUGGUUCCUGGGCCUGGCCUUCCACCCGUUCACGCUGCGCAUCUACAUGUCGGAGAAUGCCAUGGGCUCCACAAUGGUGGAAGAGCACUUCGUCCACGGCGAACGCGCCCUCUCCUACGCCCGGGAGUUCGCUGGACACAAGAAGAAGGCGGGAGGGAUGCCGGUGGCCUGGCUGGAGAAGACCAUGUGGAACCUGGGCCUGGAGGUGUACAAGCAGACCUUCUCCCGGACGCUGCCCUUCCCGGACGAGCUGCGAGAGAGAUACAUGGUGAAGGGGACCAACGUGUACGGGAUCCUGAGGGCCCCCCGAGGGGCCAGUACGGAGUCCCUGGUGCUGAGCGUCCCCUGCAGCCCCGGGCAACAGAACAACCAGGCCGUGGGGCUCAUGCUGGCCUUGGCCUCCUACUUCCGAGGUCAGAUCUAUUGGGCCAAGGAUAUCAUCUUCUUGGUGAACGAGCACGACCUGAUUGGCAUGGAGGCCUGGCUGGAGGCUUAUCACGACGUUAACGUCACAGAGCUGCACUCCUCGGGGAUGCUGGGCCGGGCGGGGGCCAUCCAGGCGGCCCUCUCCCUGGAGCUCAGCAGCGACGUCAUCACCAGCUUCGACGUGGCCCUGGAGGGGCUGAACGGGCAGCUGCCCAACCUGGACCUGGUCAACCUCUUCUACUCCUUCUGCCAGAAGAACAACCUGCUCUGCACCAUCCAAGGAAAGCUGCAGCGUUCGGACUGGGACUCCCUGCCGGCCUACUUGCACUCGCUGCAGACGCUGCUGCUGAUGGUGCUGAAGCAGGGCUCGGGGCGGCCCCAGGGGGACCACGGCCUCUUCCUGCGCUACCACAUCGAGGCCGUCACCGUGCGCGGCAUCAACAGCUUCCGCCAGUACAAGUUCGACAUGAGCACCAUGGGCGCGACCCUGGAGGGAAUGUUCCGGAAGCUGAACAACCUGCUGGAGCGCCUCCACCAGUCGUAUUUCUUCUACCUGCUGCCCUCUCUCUCCCGCUUUGUCUCCAUCGGGGUCUACAUGCCAGCCUUUGGCUUCCUCAUCCUCAUCCUGGUCCUCAAAGCCCUGGACCUGUGGAUGAAGCUGAGCCAGUUCGACACGGAGGCAGACGGUCAGGCUUGUGAUGGUGAGCAAAGCCCUCGUCAGGUCGCUACAGAGGAGCCCAAGCCCAGCCUUCUGACGCUGGUGCCUCCGCUGCUGAUCUGCCAGGCCACAGGGCUCGCCCUCUACUUCGUGCCCAUCCUGGGGCAGGAGAUGGCCACCCAGCACUUCCCCGUCUCCGAGUCGGAGGCUGUGGUGCUCACCGCCAUCGCCAUCUAUGUCGGGGGGCUGGCCUUGCCCCACAACACGCACCGGGUCCUGAUGGGCUCCGGAGGGGACCGCGGCUGGAUGACGCUGAAGCUGGUGGCACUGCUCUACCUGGCCAUGCAGCUGGGCUGCAUCGCCCUCGUCAACUUCUCCCUGGGCUUCCUGCUGGCCAUCACUUUGGUGCCGGUGGCCGCCAUCGUCCAGCCCACGGGGCCCAAAUACCUCUAUGCAGUGCUGCUGGUGCUGGUGACCCCGGCCGCCACGUUGCUCUUCUGCCUCUUCCUCUACCAGGAGCUCAUUGAGUACCCCAUCUCGCUGCUGGAGGGCUGGCAGCGCUUCCUGCAGGCCAUUGCCGAGGGGCUGCUGGACCACCACCUCUACGGCUCCGUGGUCUUCCCCUUCGUGGCCAUCUUUGUCUAUCCCUGCUGGCUGCUGCUCUGGAACGUCCUCUUCUGGAAGUAGCUCCCUCUCGGUGCUGCAUUGGAGUCCGUGGCGGCUCCUGCAGAAACAGACUGCUGAGCUGCAUCUCGGCUGGACCCUGCAGCUUUGCAGUGGGACGGGGCUUCCAGGCAAUGGCAGCUGUUGGUGCUAAGAAUAGCUCUGGGACGCAGCAGCAGCCAAAGAGAAGCCUGGGAUUCCAAAGCAUCAGAGGACAGAAGGUCUUGGCAAAGAGCAAUGGCUGGCCUGUAGACACCCUCAAGGGAAAAAAGGGAAGGUGGGUCCCAUGCGGGGAAAAGGUCCUUCCUUCUCUGGGUGUUUGCAGCUUGAGACUCCUCUGGAGGAUGUCCAAUGGGGACAGGGAUGAGAUAUCGGUCUGCAGGCCACCCUUCUGAACCCAAGGGCUUGUGGGGAAAGGAUUGGGGUGCAUGGGGAAACGACCGGGGUGCUGUGUGUUUUCCAGGCUGCAUAGCCAUAUUCUAGCACAGGCAUUGGCAAACUUUGGCCCUCCAGGUGUUUUGGGCUCCAACUCACACUAUUCCUAACAGCCUCAGGCCCUUUCCUUUCCCCUGUCAGCCACUUAAGCAUACAAUACUCCAUACUUCACUAAGCCAGGCAUGGCCCAAACAAAUACAAAGCCAGCGGACCUGAUAGGAUCCCUUCUGCCAUUCAGUACUAUCCAUCUGUCAAGACAGCUUUGAUGGACAUCUGGCCUAAAAGGGCCCUUCUGUACCAGGAAUGGGCAAACUUGGGCCCUCCCUCCAGGUGUUUUGGACUCCAAAUCCCAUUAUUCCAAGCAGCCUCAGGCCCUUUCCUUGUCCCCCUCAGCCGCUUAAGCACACAAUGCUCCAGAUUUCACUAAACCAGGCAUGGGCCAAACAAAGACAAAGCCAGUGGACCUGACGGGAUCCCUUCUGCCAUUUAGUACUAUCCAUCUCUCGAGAGCUUUGACAGAUGGACAUCCAGCCUAAAAGGGCCCUUCUGUACCAGGAAUGGGCCAACUUGGGCCUUCCCUCCAGGUGUUUUGGACUCCCAACUCCCACCAUUCCUAACAGCUUCAGGCCCUUUCCUUGUCCCCCUCAGUUGCUUAAGCACACAAUGCUCCAGACUUCACUAAACCAGGCAUGAGCCAAACAAAUACAAAGCCAGCGGACCUGAUGGGAUCCCUUCUGCCAUUCAGUACUAUCCAUAUGUCAAGAGAGCUUUGACAGAUGGACAUCCAGCCUAAAAGGGCCCUUCUGUACCAGGAAUGGGCAAACUUGGGCCCUCCCUCCCGGUGUUUUGGACUCCAACUCCCACCAUUCCUAACAGCCCUUUCCUUUCCCCCCUCAGCCACUUAAGCACACAAUGCUCUAGUGAUUCUGGCCGCGAAGGCUGAGAUAAAGGAAUGUGAGAGCCAUGUUUAAAUAUUUGGAAAGAGGUCUCGUUGUGGAGGAGAAAAGGGCCAAGCUCGUUUUCUGCUGCUCCCAAGACUCAAAAAGCACAAUUGAGCAAUGGAGCAGGGGAAAAGAUUACCCCUGCUCCAUUGCUCAAUUGUG